AUGGCGGGGGCGGAGGCGGAGGACGGCGGCGGCGGCAGCUGGGAGGAGAUGAUGCGGCGGAUCCUCCCGCCGGGCACCCCCAUCCCGGAUGCGCCGCCCAACCUGGACUACUCCAUCGCCCUCGAGUACGACGGCCCGCCGGUGCCCUACGAGCUCCCCCGGGCGGACCCCGUGGAUAUCCCCGCGAUCCCGACGGCUGAGCCGGCAUCCGGCCCCCAGAGCCUCGGGGGCGGCGGAGGAGGGCUGCCCGUGGCGCCGGUGGUGGUCGACCCGAUCCCCCUCCCGGUGUCCCGGAUAGCCCGGUGCGCGGAACCAGAGGCUGCUGGCGGCGGCGGCGGCAGCUCGGAGUCGGUGAACUCAGUGUUGCAGAACGGGGAGUUCGACGACGAUGAGGAGGAGGAGGAUUCCCGCUCGCAGUCGCACGGCUCGGCGCAGAGCUCGCCGGGGCCAAGGAGCGGCCGCGAGGCGCACGGAGCGCGGAGGGGCGGCCCUGUGGUGACCUUUGGGUUCACGCCGGACAGCAAGUACAACGGCGAGAGCGACGGGAUGUCGUCGGAGCAGUACGACGUGGCGACGGUAACCAAGAAGGAGAAGAGGCGGCGGAGGCGGCGGAUGGCGUGCAACCGGUGUGGGAAGAGGAAAUGGGAGAGCAAGGAGGCUUGUAUCGUCUGUGACGCGAGAUACUGUGGCUACUGUGUGCUGAGGAUGAUGGGGUCUAUGCCAGAAGGCCGCAAGUGCGUCACCUGCAUCGGACAGCCGAUCGACGAGUCUAAGCGGUCGAAGCUGGGUAAGAGCUCGAGGACACUCGCGCGCUUGCUCAGCCCGUUGGAAGUUAGGCAGAUAUUGAAAGCUGAGAAGGAGUGCCAAGCUAAUCAGCUUCGGCCAGAGCAACUUAUUGUGAACGGUUGCCCGUUGAGGUCGGAGGAGCUGACAGACUUGCUUAGUUGUUCGCGGUCUCCUCAGAAACUCAAGCCUGGAAAAUAUUGGUACGAUAAGGAGUCAGGAUUAUGGGGGAAGGAAGGACAAAAACCUGACAGGAUUGUUAGCUCUAACCUCAAUUUCACGGGCAAGCUUCACGCCAAUGCUAGUAACGGCAACACCCAGGUUUAUAUAAAUGGAAGGCAAAUAACAAAGAGCGAGCUCAAAAUUCUCAAGGUUGCAAAUGUUCAGUGUCCACGUGAUACCCAUUUUUGGGUUUAUGACGAUGGUCGUUAUGAGGAAGAAGGACAAAACAACAUCAAAGGAAAAAUAUGGGAGUCAGCUUUGACACGUUUUGCAUGUGCAUUGUUUUCACUUCCAGUCCCUCCUCCUGGGGACUCUAAUGGAACCAAGGAUGAUAUUCCCUAUGUACCAAGAGCCGUUCCUGAUUAUUUGGAUCAGAAAAGAAUACAAAAACUGCUGCUUCUUGGACCACCUAGUGCUGGUACAAGCACUAUAUUUAAGCAGGCCAAGUACCUCUAUGGAACAAGGUUCACCGAAGAAGAACUUGAUGGUAUCAAAUUGAUGAUCCAAAGCAAUAUGUUCAAGUAUCUUGGGAUUUUGCUUGAAGGUCGUGAGCGUUUUGAGGAAGAGGCCUUGUCUAGAUUGAAUGACACAAUUUCAGAGGAUGAAUCAGGACAAAAAGAUGAAACAGAAAAUAAAGCUAAUGGUUCAGAUUUGUGUAUAUACUCAAUAAACGCAAGGCUGAAGAAAUUCUCCGAUUGGCUAUUGGAUAUCAUAGCAAUGGGCGAUCUGGAUGCUUUCUUCCCUGCCGCAACACGUGAAUAUGCUCCAUUUGUCGAUGAGAUGUGGAAGGAUCCAGCCAUACAAGCAACAUAUAAAAGAAAGGAUGAGUUACAUUUUCUCCCUGAUGUUGCCGAAUACUUCCUGAGCAGGGCUAUCGAGGUAUCGAGCAAUGAGUAUGAACCUUCAGAGAAGGAUGUCAUAUUUGCCGAAGGAGUAACACAAGGGAAUGGGUUGGCUUUCAUCGAGUUCACCCUUGAUGAUCGUAGCCCUAUGUCUGAACCUUACAUCGACAACCCAGAGGCGCAUUCUCAACCUCUUACCAAAUACCAGCUGAUCAGAGUAAGCGCCAAGGGCUUGAAUGAUGGUUGCAAGUGGGUGGAGAUGUUUGAGGAUGUCCGCAUGGUGAUAUUCUGCGUGGCGCUCAGUGACUAUGACCAAGUGGGACCGCCUGUGAAUGGCAAUGGCCGGCCUCUCCUGAACAAGAUGAUGCAAAGCAAAGAGUUGUUUGAGGCCACCAUCCGGCAACCAUGCUUCUGCGACACACCUUUCGUGCUGGUGCUCAACAAGUACGACCUGUUCGAGGAGAAGAUCAGCCGUGCCCCGCUCUCAGCCUGUGAGUGGUUCAGUGACUUCUGCCCGGUCCGGACGCAGAACAACAACCAGUCGCUGGCCCAGCAGGCAUUCUACUAUGUUGCAAUGAAGUUCAAGGAGGUAUACAACACCCACACGAACCGGAAGCUGUUUGUGUGGCAGGCGCGUGGCCGCGACCGGCAGACUGUCGACGAGGCGUUCAAGUACAUCAGGGAGGUGCUCAAGUGGGAGGAGGAGAAGGACGAGAGCUACUACCAGGAGGAGUCGUUCUACAGCACCACCGAGAUGAGCUCCUCCCCAUUCAUCAGAGCGGAAUGAGAACUGCCGUGCCGAAGGCCCGGCUCCGACUGAUGAUUGGCCUGUUUUUCGAUGCUCUCGUCCCGUACAGAAGUCAUUGAUUGAUUUAUGGCUGUAAAAAAAAUCUGCAGGUUUCUUGGAUGGAAUGUUUUUCAUUUUUGUGUCUUGGCUGUCGAGAGAGGUGAAGCAUAACUUGCUGGUCCUGAUGUUGACUGGUGUGUGGUAAUAGUUUUUCUAAUCACUACAGUGAUCCAUGGUCACCAAGUGAUUAAUACUCCAUCCAUGUCAAAACAAUA